AUGACCACAAAAGGCUACUUCGCCGGUAUCCGCCGCAGCUCCACGGAGCCGAUCUCGAAACCGGCCCGGCGAAUAUCAGUUGCAUCAGGUGCAAAUGCAAUACCAGAAGUGUCCUCACCACGCCGCAACAGCCACAACGUGCACUUCCGCGAGAGGGACACAAAUACCCAACAAGAUGACACGGUCGUGAUCGCUGUCAUGGGCGUCACGGGCUCCGGGAAGAGUUCCCUGAUAUCUCUUCUUGCGGAUCAGCCGGUGGGGAUUGGGCAUAAUUUGCAGUCUCAUACAACCCACACAGACAUGUUCAGCUUCUCGCACCCCGAAACCAAACGCACCGUUAUCCUCCUCGACACCCCCGGCUUCGACGACACCGAGCGCUCCGACACGGAAAUCCUCAAAGAAAUCUCCUGCUUCCUGGCCAUGAUCCAUGAGAAGCGGUGGCGACUGGUGGGCAUCGUGUACCUGCACCGCAUCACCGACCCGCGGUUGGGGGGCUCUGCCAUGAAGAACCUGCACAUGUUCGAGAAGCUGUGCGGUAGCGGCAGCUUCCCGGGCGUGGUGCUGGUGACCAACAUGUGGGGGGACCUAGAGCCGACAGACGCUGGGAGGGCGCUCGGGGAGCGGCGAGAGGCGGAGCUGAAGGGCCAGUUCUGGAAGACGAUACUCGCGCAGGGGGGCAAUGUGAUGCAGCAUGAUGGGUCGAGGGAGAGCGCGGCGGCCAUUGUGUCGUCGCUGGUCCGGCGGAAUGAGGAGGUGGUGUUGCAUAUCGUGCAUGAGUUGGUCGAGGAGCGGAAGACGCUGGAUGAGACCGAGGCCGGGCAGUAUGUUCAGGCUGAGCUCUUGAAGAUCAAGAAGAAGUAUGAUCGUGAGAUCGCUGAUCUUCAGGAGAGUAUGGAGGAGGCCAUGGAGGCCAGGGACGAGGAGACCGCCCGAGCUAUCAAGAGGGAGAGGGAGGCGGCUAAGGCGAAGGUGGCGCAGAAGGCGCGCGAGUCUAAGGGCCUCCGCAUCUCGAUGCAGCAGCUCGUGCAGGAGAAGAUGGCCGAGUAUGAUGCUCGUGCCACGGAGCCGGAUAACCAGGAGGCCGUCAGGGGUCGUAUCGCGGAGCUCUUUGAAGAGUUCAAGUCCGAGAUGCGCGAGGAGAUGCGGGAAGAGCUGGAGGCCGAGAUGCGGGACGUCAAGGAAAGGCUGGCGAGGAUCGAAACCGGGCCGACUGAGAAGGUGGAGCAGCGCGUUGAACAGCGAGAGGAGGAACAGCCGAAGGAAGAUAACAAGUCGGGCGGGCUCAUGGGAUGGUUCUCCAGACCUCUCAGCGGGUUCAGCCGAGCCUGA